UUGGCAAACAAGAUCUCGCGUCCAGUUCCGGCGAGAAGAAGAGGCGAUCCGUGGGAUUCGAAGCGGACCAGCUCUUUGGUGACGAAACGAUGGCGAUGGCGGCUCUCAGAAGGGAGGGGAGGCUGCUACUCAUCUCUCCUGUCUCCUACAACUCCCCCGUCGCCCGAUCAAUGAUUAAUCAUGACAAUGAGCUUGGAUUAAUGGGUGCAAGGGCAGCUUCAACCCAAGCAGUGAGAAGCCGAAUGAAGAGUGUUAAGAACAUUCAAAAGAUUACAAAGGCAAUGAAAAUGGUGGCAUCAUCAAAGCUUCGUGGUGUUCAAAACAAAACUAUAAAUUCCCGUGGCUUAUGGCAGCCAUUUACUGCACUGCUUGGGGAUGCUCCUAGUGUUGAUGUCAAGAAGAAUGUUAUUGUGGUUAUUACAUCCGACAAGGGUCUUUGUGGUGGCAUUAAUUCCACGUCUGCCAAAGUCAGCAAGUUUCUUUACAAGUUGACUUCAGGUCCAGAAAAGGAUACGAAGUUUGUUGUAUUGGGAGAUAAAGGUAAGGUUCUAUUGGUGCGCGAAUUCAAGAAUAGCAUUGAGUUGACCGUUUCUGGGUUACAAAAGAUUCCUCUCAAUUAUACUCAGAUUUCUGUUCUUGCUGAUGAUAUUUUGAAGAAUGUGGAGUAUGAUGCUCUGAGGAUAGUUUAUAACAAAUUCCAGUCGGUUAUGUCCUUUCUGCCAUCUGUUUCAACAAUACUAUCUCCUGAGACUGCAGAGAAAGAGUCAGAAGCAGGAGGGAUUCUUGGUGAGUUGGACUCUUACGAAAUCGAAGGGGGUGAGACUAAAGCUGAAAUCCUGCAGAAUCUUGCUGAAUUCCAAUUUUCUUGCCUUCUGUAUAAUUCAGCCAUGGAAAAUGCUUGUAGUGAGCUGGGAGCACGUAUGUCUUCCAUGGACAAUUCUAGUAAGAAUGCCGGGGAAAUGCUCGAUCGACUAACUCUCAGUUACAACAGGACUCGUCAAGCUUCAAUUACCACAGAGCUGUCGGAGAUCAUCUCAGGAGCAGCUGCUCUUACUGGCUAGAUUGAAGGUUUAGAACAUCUAUUCCUUCAUCUGAAAUUUCACAUUGACAUGUGUGUCCUCUGCAAUAAGCUAUGAGGAAUUUCUUUUGCCUCAAAUGGUAUCAUGCUCUUGUUUUUAUGGUUGUCGUGGUAAUUUUACAACGACAAAGGCUGUAAUAACUCACUUUGCAAUUUCCUUCUCUCCGUUUUGAUUGCCUCAGGCAUCCCCAUAAAAUCAUCUGCAAACCUCAUUUCUUAACUGACUCAGUAGAAUAUUUGUCGGAA